GCCGUAACUAAACAGGUUCAUGAGAGAUGACUUUAUUAUAUCGGAAAUAGCUCUAUCUCGAGUAUUAGCUGUCUUCAUAGCUGUUGCUUUCUGACAGAACUAACGUGAUAUAAGCAAAUGUAUACAGAUCAAACAAAUAAAUUUGUUAAAGAAACAGAUGUGAAUAUUUAAAGAAGAAAAAAAAACGACAGUGCAAUUUUUCUUGAAUUUUUUUAAAAUACUAUUUUGAUAAAAGUUGUGUAACGUUUGUUGCGAAGAAAUAUUGGAAUAGACAAAAUUUAGUGGUUUUUAAAAUCUUUUUGGAGUUUUUCAUACUUAGGAUUUUUGAGUGAACAGAAAAUAACAACACGACUUUAAUGCAUGACGGCUACAAUGGCGGCAGAGCCGAUGUACACGUUUGAUGAAACAUACUACGAAUUAUCUUCUUUGGAUUACGGAAAUGAAACUUUUGAUUACAAAAAUAUACCGUACUUUGGGGAGAUCAAAAAGGUCCCUUUGUACGAGGUGAUUUUGAAGUCCUACCUCUAUGCGAUGAUUAUUUUCUUCUCCUUGAUUGGCAACACCUUGAUCAUACUUGUCGUGCUCCGUCACAGACAAAUGAGGACCACGACAAACUUUUACAUCGUCAAUCUAGCUGUUGCUGAUAUUUUAGUAACAGUGUUUUGUACUUGGGUCCAUCUUGUGAACAACCUCAACAACAACAACUGGGUGCUUGGCGGAUUCUUCUGCAAAUUCAACACAUUCUCUCAAGUUUUGUGCCUUAUAGCUAGUGUGCUAUCCCUGACCUUGAUUGCCUAUGACAGAUUCUUCGGAAUAGUUUUUGCCUUAAAAGCUCAUAUGUCGAGAAGAAAAGCUCGAUUCUCAAUAGCUGGUAUUUGGGUUUGCUCAUUUGCAAUUGCUGCACCUUUGUUAUGGUUUAGAGAGCUUAAAGAACGCCAAUGGCAGGAUCAUACCGAACGAUGGUGCGACGAUUCAUGGCCGGUGAAAACUAAAUUGAUUCCGGGCACAAACUACACAGUUGAAUACAUGCCUGCUCGAACAAUCUACUUCACGUUUGUUUCAGCAGUGAUGUACUUUUUUCCAAUGUGUGUAAUGGCGUUGGCUUACUCCAUUAUAAUCCGAAAACUUAAAGCCAAUAAGAUUCCUGGAGAGAGAGUAGAUGCCGGGCAUGCAGCACAGCAAAAGAACAAACGAAAGGUGAUAGCAAUGUUGGUGACAAUAAUGGCAGUGUUUGGCGUGUGUUGGCUCCCAUAUCAGAUAGUUCUCCUCUACAGUGAGCUCAGAGAAACACGGGACAGACUAGAAGAAUGGUACUUUACAAUGCAAUUUCUGGCUGGAUGUUUUGCUUAUUCCAACAGUGCUGUAAACCCGCUGAUUUAUGCUGGUUUUAACAAGAAUUUCAAGGAAGCAAUAUUGAGUUUGAGGUCUGGCAUGGAGGUCUAUGAUUAUUCACGUCGUCGUAGUUCUGCACAUUCCGCCGCUUAUUUGAGGAGAGCCUCAAAAGAUGCCGCCGCUCAUAAGCUGACGAACAAAAUUUCAACGCAGUCAAAAUCGACCACUUGUAGCAGCAACACGGCUUCUCCUAUCAUAACAUUAGAAGGCCGUUCCACGGAUGCUUCCGUUCCUCUGAUUUCGCGAUUAAGUUCUACCCCUACGCCGCCAUUAUUGCCAUCAGAUCAAAUGAUUACACAAAUAAAGAAAUAUAGACUUGAAGCUGAGAAAUACUCUCAACAAGGAAAUAAAUUGUCGCCUAUCAGCAGCUUGAUGAGGUCAUAUACAGAACGACGUGAUAAAUAUGACGACAGCGAUGACACGGAAAGUGAUACCCCAAAGCUUCGGAGGCAUUCUUACGACUCCCGGUGUCCAAAAAGGCCUCUUCCAGACUGUUCUGAUAGAAUAUUUGGAGAGUAAACAUCUGUAAAUGUAAAAUGUGAAACGGGUAUGUGGAUAAACUCAAUGUUUGCAGUGAAUACACACACAUACUUUAGACAACAAAUAAUACACAACAUUCCAUUGCAUGGUGUUGAGCUAAAACAGUAUUGAAUGAAUGAGGACGGUUAAAAGUUAUACAUGUUUGGAUAAGUAUUCUUGUGUAAAUAGUAAGUUGGGUGUGAUUCAAGAAAGAAUAUGUAUUUCACGCACUGGGCAUUUUGUUUCCAUCUUUUUGUAGAAAAUUAAAAAAUAUAUAUAUUAAAAUGAACAAUGUAUAGUGUUUUUCCGUACAACUGAUGGGUAUAAUUAAACUGGAUCAUAUCAUAUAGUGUAAAUAUGUAAGUAAAAAUGUUUGGAAGGAACUCCACUGAGGUCGAAAAGCCUAAAAAUGCAUGUAUAUAAUUUAAAUUUCUUACAUUGUUUAAUUGAGACAAUUGAAACUGAUAGAUGUUCAAAGUCUUAUUGAAAAAAAAUCGUAUUAUUGGGCUAUUCUUAGCUUAAUUUGCAACGCUUUUCAAUUUGUGUCAUUUUUCACACAAUUAGAUUAAUUAUCUUUUGUAUUCUGGAAAAACGGAGUGAAGAAAUGAUUUGAAAUUUUGCACACAAGUUAUUGAUCUAGACCUACAUCAAAUGGAACAUUAAUCUCGAAAAAAAAAGUCCAGUCCAGUCAUGUAAAGAAACACCCUCAGUGGAGUCCCUUUCAGGAAAUAACUAUUAUAUAUAGUGUUUAUUUUAUAUGUGUAUAAUGAAUGACAAUAUUACAAUUAUUGUGUAUAUCUGUAAGUAAACAUUGUUCGUAUGAUUAAGUAAAAUAACUGGACCAUGUAUUAUGAACGUGUUGAUCAUUUGGGUUAAAAUAAUUGUUAUUAUUGUUAAAUGAAAUAACAAGACCACAUUUUAAAAUUUGUAUCAUUAAGUAAGAAAGGAAUGAUAUACUGAAAUGAAGAAUAGGGGAGAAAGAUCAGAUUAUGAUCUGUACAUGUAUAUAUUUUUAUAAGAUGAAUAUGAGAUGAAAUAAAAUAACUGGGCCAGACUUUUGAAUGUGUGUUCUUUGCUUUUUAAAAAUGAAUAAUGUCAUGAAAUGACUUAACGGUGUGAAGUAUAUUUUGUAUCUGUUAUAUGCUAUGUGUUGCCAUAUAUUAUUUGUAAAUAGAAAGGUGUUCUAAUGAUGCUAAAUGUUUUCUUUGAAAAUAGAAAGGUAUUCGAAUAAUCAUAUAC